UUGUGAUGGCUUCUGGGAGGGAAGCUGACUAUCUCUCCCGCCUCUCCUUAGCUUUCCCUCCUCCCUGCCUGAGCCUCUUACUCCUGCGGCUCCUCCCCUGCAGCAGUGCCUGCCUGGGAAUCCCGGCCCUGACCCACACUUACAACCCGGGACUAUUCAAAGCUUCCCAACACCUGGACCUACCCGGGUAAAGCAUUCCGGCCAGACCCCCCUAAAUCUACAAUAGCUGCUAGAUUUUUGAGACCUGUAUGCAGGAGCUUCCUCAUUCCAUUCACCCCUCCCAAAUCUUUCACUCUCCUUCCGCCUGGAACAGGGGGGCUCUAAUUAAUAUUCCCUGGGGACUCAUUUUAACUGGAUAAUAAAGAUGUAUAGAUUUUUUUAAACAUAUAUUUGUAGAUCUAUUUUUCGUUUUGUAAAAAAAAACAAACCCAAAAAACUUUCAUGAAACUUUAGGAUCAUAUUAAAGAAGAAAACAGCGUACCUUGCACUGCUCGUAAUUAAUGCAACACUUGACAUUGACCAUUUUAUUGUUACUUUUACUUAAAUAAAUGAUAAUUAUGGAAUAUUUUGACUUGAACAGGUAGCAUUAUUAAAAGUUGUUGCACCUGUUGCUAACAGGAAGGAGAAUCCUUCAGCAGAACUGAUACUGUGUCUUGGCAUUCAGAAGUUAUUUUUGUUUUUCUAUUCGUGUUUUUUUUUUGGACUUGUGGAAGGCAAUAAGAAUGAAAGCAACAGUUUGUUUUGGGAAAACUGGGAUUGUUGUCCCUUGUAAAGAUGGGAAGAUGACAGUGAAAGAGUUAAUCCAACAGGCUGCGCAGAGGUACAUCAAAGCCAAAGAAAAAGAGCCAGGAUACUGGGUGAAAAUACAUCAUCUUGAAUACAUAGAUGGAGGGAUACUUGAUCCUGAUGAUGUUGUGGCAGAUGUUAUAGAGGACAAAGACAAGCUAAUUGCAUUGUUUGAUGAGCACAAUGCAUAUAACAGGAGUGAUGAUGCAGCCAAUAUCACAGAACGUCUCAGCCCUGAUCCGUUUGAAGCAGAGCUGGCAUCUCAACGCUCUGCUUUCCAUCCAGUCCGAGGAGAAAUUGAAGUCACGCCUUCCGCUUUGAAGCUUGGGACCCCACUGUUGGUACGACGGAGCAGUGACCCAGCUGUGGGUCCUGUUGUAGAUUUUCAUCCAGCUACCUCAUAUGCUUCUGAGCAGAACAACAAACUUUCUGUACAGGGAUUUUCAAAGGUUGCUCCAACAGAGGAACUAAAAGACCUCAGUUUGCAGGAAGAACAUCUCAGGUUACAGAGGUCCAGAUACGAUUACAGUGAAUUGACAAGAAAGAUGGAGAUUUCAGGGGACGGUGGGCCACUGGGAAUCCACGUUGUGCCUUUUUAUUCUUCUGUUUGUGAAAGAACCCUAGGACUGUAUAUACGUGGAGUUGAAGAGAACAGCCGCUCUAGGCGUGAUGGUUUAUUCCAGGAAAAUGAAUGUAUUGUAAAAAUUAACAAUGUAGAUCUCAUGGACCGAUCUUUCCCACAAUCACAAGAAAUCUUCCGACAAGCAAUGAAAAACAGUAGUGUCUUAGUGGAAGUUGUUCCUUCACACUAUCGGGAGCAGUAUGAAAAAUCUGUUCUCUUUUUACUAAAAUAUUUGGAGGAUGAUGACAAUGAUGAUGAAGUUCCCAAUAUAAAACCUCCUCCUCCUCCAGGAAGACAGAAUACUCUGAUUACUGAACCGUCCAAUGGCAUUGUAUCCAGUUUGAUCUCAUCAAUGCAGCCUCCAUUGACUUCAGAGUUGUCUCCUCAUGGUGUUACUUUUUCCCCACCAUCUUUUCCUCCACCAUCUCUUCCUCCACUUGGCUUUGGGAACAAAAAUAACGCUAGGAAAUUAAGGAUUGAUCUGAAGAAAGGGGCAGAUGGACUUGGAUUCACAGUUGUCACCAGAGAUUCUACUGUACAUGGACCUGGUCCUAUUUUUGUUAAGAACAUUUUGCCAAAAGGAGCUGCUAUCAAGGAUGGACGUCUGUUGUCUGGUGACAGAAUAUUAGAGGUGAAUGGCUGGGAUGUCGCAGGAAGGACCCAGGAGGAACUUGUUGCCCUACUGAGGAGCACAAAGCUGGGGGAGAUUGUGUCUUUGGUUGUUGCUCGGCCAGAUGAAGCUUUCCUUCCCCGUGAACUGAAAGGAGAGCCGGACUGCUUCUUUGCUUUUCCAGAAAACACUGCACAAAUGACGUUUGAGAUCCCUCUGAACGAUUCUGGAUCUGCUGGGUUAGGAGUUAGUCUGAAAGGAAACAAAUCCAGAGACACACACACAGAUUUAGGAAUAUUUAUAAAAUCCAUCAUCCAUGGAGGGGCCGCUUUCAAGGAUGGCCGUCUGAGAGUAAAUGACCAGCUCCUUGCAGUCAAUGGAGAAAGUUUGAUUGGAAAAACAAAUCGUGUAGCCAUGGAAACUCUCCGCCGGUCAAUGUCUAUGGAGGGGAAUAUCCGUGGCAUGAUCCAGUUAGUGAUCCUGCGUAGACUGGACAGACAGACAGAGGAGCGUUCGGAUGCAGGAGGAAUUCUAAGGACAAACUUGGAUAAUCUGAACAUGUCAGAGCAGAACGGUUUGCAAGAUCGACUGAAAGGCUUUACUACAUAUGAAGAUGGUAAUGCAGAGUAUGACGUACCCCCUCCUUUACCGCCUCAUCCUAGCGAACAUAUUAUUGUAGAGUAUUCCAAGUUUGGCUCAGGAGUGGAAUCCUCUCAGCAGCCUGAUUCAUUUAACCUGAAAGCAUCAAAGAGCAUGGAUCUUGUGGCUGAUGAAAGUAACAUUGCUGCUUUGACUGGACCCAAGUCAGAUUCUCCUGGAAAAGAUUUGGGCCCACGACUAGGUCUAAAAAAGUCCAGUUCUCUUGAAAGCUUGCAAACCGCUGUUGCAGAAGUCAAGAAAAAUGAACUUCCUUUCUACAGACCUCGACCACAUAUGGUCCGUGGCAGAGGCUGCAAUGAGAGUUUCAGAGCUGCAAUUGAUAAAUCUUAUGAUGGACCAGAGGCAGAAGAUGAAGAUGGCCUGUCUGAUGUUAGCUCACACUCUAGCCGAGAAACCCCAAGCACUGAAUCGGGUCCUCCAGGGAAUCCUGAGCUCAAGGAUGCUGACAAGUCCAAAAAAGACAAGAAAAAGAAAGAGAAAAAGAAGGAAAAAACUAAAGUGAAAGAUAAGAAAAAACGAGAGGAGAGUGAAGAUCAAGAGAAAAAAAACAAGAAGAAGGGCUUUGCAGCAAUUAUGAGGUUUGGUAAGAAGAAAGAAGAAAAAGGAGGGAAAGUGGAACAGAAAGGUAUCUUCAAGCCUGGUGUUCUGAAAGAGGAAGAGCAAGAAAUUGAGAAGAUGAAGGAAGAACGUGAAAGAAUUAACGCCAAGCAUUAUGAACUAAGGGAAAAGCAGACAAAAGGUUUAUUUGACUAUAGCGCAAGUGCUGAUAUGGAGGAUGAUGAUAUGGAUCCAAAUUACGCCAGAGUAAACCAUUUUAAAGAGCCCCCUCCUCACCAUCCAGUCCACCGACCACUAACUCCUGGGAUGUCUGGGACUCUUAGCUACCAACGAGAAACCCAAAUUCCGACAUCAGAGUCCGUCUUGGUCCAAGAACUAUAUGCUAAGAUAAACAAGAAGCCACAGGCACAAGAUGCAGUUGACAGUGCCCGAUCAACAUCUGGAAACGCAGACCGUAUCCAGCAGCUACGGAUGGAAUACCACCAAGCACGACGGGAAGGCCUGUAUGAAGAGGAGCAAGCACUUGCACGGCCUGCGGAGUACGAGCAAAGCUGGGUGUCCAGAGGAACUGAAGCCCCCCGUAACCUCCGAUAUGAAGGGAUGGAGAGACAGUAUGCAUCCUUACCCAGUUGGAGCUGAUCUGAAGACAUUAUUGUGACAAAAUACACAAUAGGAAAAUCAGACAGUAAGUGGCAGUGACAGAGCACAGCUGAAAAGGCGUCCACAAUGCCAUAAUCAUAGCUACACUGGGAGAACGAUUGCUGUCACUCUGAGGAAGCCUAACAACUGUAUUAUCUGUUAUUAAUGGUGGUUAGAAUUGUGUAGGAAAAUAGACAUUUACACUAAAGUCUGUUGCUGCAAAUGAUGACAGACUGCUGCAGAGUCUCAGCAGAGUUACAUGUUAACAUGGCUGUGCCAAUAAACUAAACUAACCAAGACUGUAGGAAUAUGGUAUAAAAUAAAGAAUAUUAAAGGUAACUACAAAAACAAGUCAAAAAGCCUUUGUGUAAAGACAAUACAUAAAUCCUUUUUAGAAGAUACACAGUAUAAUUUACCCCGUGGAAUUUAGAAUCUACCAUAGUUUGGUUUAGACUUGAAUUACAGACACUGGAUUGUGUAUUGCUUUUUAUUAUUUUAAUAAAAUGAAGUUAUACAGCUAUCAAUUUUAAAAUCAUCAAAUACAUAUUACUUGUGAUAGUCUUCAAUGGAAACAGUCAAAAAAAGGAGCCCCAUGCCAAAACGGAGAGAUCUCAUUUGGAAAUUCUGUGCUACAGAGCAUUGCUUAUUAGUGCCAUUAAUUUAGAGACAAUCUCUGCAACAAAGACAAAUUGUUUUCAUUAAUUUAGAAGAAGGUGACUUUCUGAUCUAAUAUUGCCUUUGAAAACAUCUAUUAACUCUAGUCCCUAAACUUAGUUCACUAAGGGUAGGAUUCCAGGUCACAGUAUCCUUCUAAUAUAUUUGAACAAUUAUAGUUUCUUUAUAUGGAAUACAAUGUUUGUCUGCCAAUUACACGCUCUGACUUCCUCUGCUGUAAUUAGUUUGUUGCCGAUAUGAAAGCGUUUCACUAGAUGUCUUUCCUAUUGUGUUUUCUAUGUAGUUGUUCUAAUCUGUUUAUUUUAUCUAUGGCAGUUUUGCUAAACUUUGCAGUGUAAUAUCCAUCACCCAUUUAUGUUACCUAAGCAUUUGUGACAUUAAACAUAAAGUAGCUGCUUUGCUUUAGAGCAGAGCUUUCCAAACUUUUCAUGUUGGUGACACACUUUUUAGACCUACAUCAUUUUGCGACACAGUAAUUCAGUCGUACUAGCAAACAGGAGGGUAAACUAAUUUGUUUUAAGAGAUACAGACACAUACAUAAAUUAUAUAAUAACAAGUAACAGUAUGUAAGUAUGUGCAAGAAUUUAAAAAAAGUUUAAUAACACCAAUAGCUACUUAUUAUUUUAAUGGGAUGUAUGCGGUUGAUGGGAUGAACACAGUUUCUGAAUAUUUGUUGGAAUAUUAGAUAAAGAUACUCUCAUUUCGUCAUCGAGCAUUUUUAAGCUUCCACUUCCUAUCCAUAUAUCAAGAUCAGGAGCAGCAAUGCACUACUGGGAGUGAGCUGCAAAAAACCCCCACUGACUUCUGAAUUCAGCUCAGCAUUUAAGCUACCGCCCUCAGAGCUCCGUGAGUCCGACUGACUACUGCCUGUGCUGCAAAUACACUGUUGUCCCACACACUGACUACACAUGCAGUCACGAGCCGAUUGAGAAGACUACACGUGCAGGAGCUAAUGUGCUGCCAAUGGGAAUAGUUUCAUUUCCCACUGAGCUGUGCCAAUAGGUUAAGAAAGAUCAUCUGUGACCCACUAGGUAUCAAUCACGUGUCAACCAUGUGAUAUGCGUAGCAGGCAGACGGUAAGUCGGAAAUCAAAAUGUAAAAAAAAAUAAAAAAUUGUGCUGUAGCAGGGACACACCUACACACUGCUGCCGACACACUAAUGUGUCACAACACGCAGUUUGGAAAGCACUGCUCUAGAGGGUGGUUAAAGGGAUUUGGAAGUAAUGGAUCAAUAAAGAAAUAUUUAUUAAAAAAGGUCUCUCAAAUGCAUGAAUGGACACCAUUUAAACAUAUUAACAUAUUUUUGCAUAGAAAAGGUUAUAUUAAAGAUGCUGUUUUCAUUGUGACAUUUAAAGGAAAUGCAUGUUUGUGCGCAACAGGUCCAUAGGAAUAGAAAUUUAAUGGCUGAUAAACUGCUCUAUGGAUGGACAAUGAUGUCCUACAAGCAUACAAAUAAAAGUGAUUGUUUUUAUUUA